UCGUUGGGGUGCAAGAUGCCGCGUGGAAGCCAGAGCCGCACCUCCCGCAUUGCCCCACCGGCCAGCCGUGCCCCACAGAUGAGAGCUGCACCCAGGUCAGCUCCUGCAGCCCAACCUCCAAUGGCAGCCCCAGCAUCUGCUGUGGGCUCUCCUGCAGCCAUUCCCCAUCAGCCUGGGCUGAUGGCCCAGAUGGCGUCCACAGCCGCUGGUGUAGCUGUGGGCUCUGCCGUUGGGCACACACUGGGCCAUGCCAUCACUGGUGGCUUCAGUGGAGCUGGUAAUGCUGAGCCUGCCAGGCCAGACAUCACUUAUCAGGAGCCCCAGGGAACUCAGCUGGCGCAGCAGCAGCAGCAGCAGCAGCAGCAGCAGCAGCAGCUUAGUGGCCCAUGCUCCUAUGAAAUAAAGCAGUUUUUGGAGUGUGCCCAGAACCAGGGUGAUUUUAAGCUCUGUGAGGGCUUCAAUGAGGAGCUGAAGCAGUGCAGAAUUGCAAAUGGACUAGUUUAACCAUGAAGUUCAAGUUGAAGAAAUGGAAAAUCACCUCUGAUGACCAAGUUAAUUUAACAUAGAAAUGUAAUUGGUAGUGGC